UCUCUCCUCUUAAUCUCCUUAAUCGCAUUGUUAGAAUCUGUCUCUCUCUCCUCCCGCUUCCUUUCUUCUUCUUCUUCUUCUCCUCCCUCGUUUCCUUCUCCUUCACACUAGGGUUUCCUCCUUCUCCAAUUAGGGUUUCUCCAACAGCGCCAAUGACGACCACUCCGGAUUCGGGGAGGAGCAACCACCUCCCAGCAUCGCUCGUCGCCAAUCUACAGAGCGUGCUGAUCGGAAGAGGCCGGAGCGGCGGCGGAGAUGGGGAGGAAACUGGGGAAACGAAACCUACGCCGUCGUCGGAGGCGGAGGCGGAGGUGGAGGAGGAGACCGGAGCCCCCUCCAACGCCGCCGAGGCGACCGUGGCGGAGUCCGAUCCGGCCGGCGAUGGAUCGGAGAAGGUGGAAAAGCCGGUGGUCCUCGUGACCAACGCCGACGGGAUCGGAUCGCCGGGGCUUACCUCCCUCGUCGAGGCCCUCGUUCGCGGGGGGCAGUGUGACGUCAGCGUCUGCGCCCCCGAAUCGAACAAGUCAGCUUCGGCUCAUUCAGUUACCAUUCGGGAGACCCUUGCCGUAACCUCUGUGGAGAUUACUGGUGCCAAAGCUUUCGAGGUUACAGGUACUCCAGCUGAUUGUGUUUCUUUGGCGUUAUCUGGGGCUUUAUUUUCUUGGUCUAGGCCAGCUCUGGUGAUCAGUGGAAUUAACAGUGGAUCAGUUUGCGGACAUCAAAUCUUCUACUCUGGUGCUGUUGCUGGUGCUAGAGAAGCUUUAAUGCAUGGCAUACCAUCACUGUGUAUCUCUUUGCAUUGGAAGAAGGAUGAAAGUCAAGAAAGUGAUUUCAAGGAUGCAGUUGAUAUUUGUAUGCCAUUGAUACAGGCAGCUAUUAGAGAUAUUGAAAAGGGAUCUUUCCCUAGAAGUUGUAUUCUAAACAUAGGAAUUCCCAGAUUCCCUUCUGCUAACAAGGGCUUCAAGUUAACCAGACAGAGUCUUUGGAAAUUGACUCCUAACUGGCAGGCUAUCACAGCAAACAGGAAUCCUUCUGCUGCGCAUUUCAUGUCUAUGCAUCAAAGCCUUGGUGUUCAGCUUGCACAACUUGGGAAGGAUGCUUCUGCAGCUGGAGCAGCACGUCGCAUAAAUGCUCAAAGGAAAACUGUGGAAGUAGAAUCUGUGGCAGCAGCUGGAAAACCAGAGACUCGAGAAGUCGUGAAGAAGUUCUUCCGGUUAGAGUUUCUCGACAAGCAACAGGAAGAUUUAGAUGAGGAUCUUGAUUUCAGAGCUUUAGAGGAUGGCUUUAUAACUGUCACUCCUUUACAUAUACAAUUGGACGUGGUACCUGAGAUCCAAGCCUUGGCUUCAGCUUGGCUCGACUCGGCUCUAACGGGAGAGAAAGAAGCUCAAUGAAGCCAACUAACUUGCUCGUUCUAACAUGUAUACCCUCAUAGGUGCCCAAUGUUUCUUUUCCUCUUUUCUUUCGAUGGUGUUUCAUUUUCUCCCUCUCGCUUUCCCCAAAAUCUUUGCUGCUCUCUCCAUUUUGUUCGCUGAUGGCUUUGAUAAUCAGCUUGUCGAUGUAGCCAAAGAUACCCAUGCUCGAUCUGAUCAACUAAUGUAAUUGGAGGGAGCAUGUGGUGUAUUUAUUCAGUGUUUCUUCUUUGAAAUAUUUGUGGUUUUGAUCCCAGUUUGUUUUAGGGAGCAUGUGGUGUAUUUAUUCAGUGUUCCUUCUUAGAAAUAUUUGUGGCUUCAAUGUAAGUUUGUGUUGUUUCAUUCAUGGAAGCGGGUGUUUGGUGGAAUGGAUUGAUUCAGCUUAUUGAGAGAUGGGCGGUCUUUCCCGUUGUGACGCCUUAUCUCGAUUUUUCAGUGUAAUCAGAAGUUUGUGCUAUCAUUGUGCAAUGUUUAUUUUUCAUA